UAAUUGUGUCGUCACUUCCGAUAGCAUGCUACAGCUAUUUCCUGACUGUGUGACGAUGGAACGAAUGACGAAGACACGUUUUUGGACAGUGAUGAGUAUUUAGUUUGCGUUCGCCGCGCCACACUGUAACGACAACUGACCCGUGACCUACUUGUUACAACUUCCGUGACCUACUUGUUGCAAUUAUUUGCGCCAACUUCCAGCAAGUUGGAGCCGUUCGAGUGUGCGACCCGCCAAAAAGUCAGCAAGCUCCGUGAACCAUUUUGUCGUCCGUCUUCUUCCCGUGAGCGAGCAUGAGCGGCGGGUUCAACUUCGGACAGCCCUCCACGGGCUUUUCUUUUGGGGUCGCGAAGACCACAGCGCCCGCGGCGUCCACUGCGGGCUUCGGCCUCACAACGUCCACUCCCGCAGGCAGCAGCGGUGGCGUUGGCGUUGGCGGCGGCGGCUUCUCUUUCGGCUCGUCCGCCCCAACCGUAGUUGGUAAUAACCAGUCCGGCGGUUUUAGCUUCGGCACCUCAGCGAAGAGCACCGCUGCCGGCGGCAGCCUCGCGUUCGGGACCACUCCCGCCACCACGUUCAGCCUGGGUUCCACUCCUCAACCCGCCUCGGCUGCAGGUCUCACCCUGGGCUCCACCGCGGCACCGGCGUCUGGCUUCAGUCUGGGCUCGGGCUUGACCGCACCUGCCGGAGGAGGCUUCUCCUUUGGGACCUCAGCCCAAGCCCCGGUGCAAACCCAACAAGCAGCUCCUGCACCAGCAACCACUACAAGUGCAUCAGUAGGCCUCUCAUUCGGAGGCUUCAGCUUCGGUGGAAACAAGGUCCAGGUCACCACAGCGGCACAAUCAACAAGUGCACCAGGAGGAGGCUUCUCCUUUGGGUCAAGUGCUGCCCCAAACCUCACACUGGGUGCCCAGCCCACAUCCACCACUGUAGCCCCAGCUCCACAGGGUGGAGGUUUCAGCUUGGGGAUUAAACCCUCGUCAACUCCAGCCCCCCCUGCAGUGACCCAGACUGCUCCAACUCUGGCUCCAACUCUGGCUCCAACUCUGGCUCCAACUCUGGCUCCAACUCUGGCUCCAUCUCUGGCUCCAUCUCUGGCUCCAUCUCUGUUCUCGGCCCCGACGACCACCACAACAACCGCCGCCGCACCCGCCACAGGUUCCGGUUUCACUUUCGGUGCCGCUCCCGCUCAGGCUGCUGCUCCGUCUGCGACGACCACCGCAGCCAGCGGAGGUCUGUCCUUCUUACUUAAACCUCUUGGAGCAGCCACCUCCAGCGCAGCCACAGGUUCCGGUUUCACUUUCGGUGCCGCUCCCGCUCAGGCUGCUGCUCCGUCUGCGACGACCACCGCAGCCAGCGGAGGUCUGUCCUUCUUACUUAAACCUCUUGGAGCAGCCACCUCCAGCGCAGCCCCAGCCUCCUCAGCUGCGGCCGUCGCGCCUGGCUUCUCGCUGGGACUCAAACCCGCGUCCGGCACUGUCACCGCGACCGCAGCUAUAGCGGCAGCCACCCUCCCGAUCCCCACCGCUCCUGCCGUGAUGACCUACGCCCAGUUAGAGGGCCUCAUAAACAAGUGGAGCCUGGAACUGGAAGAUCAAGAGAGACAUUUCCUCCAGCAGGCCACUCAGGUCAACGCAUGGGACCGCAUGCUGGUGGAGAACGGCGAGAAGAUCACGUCCCUGCACAAGGAGAUGGAGAAGGUGAAGCUGGACCAGAAGAGGCUUAACCAGGAGCUGGACUUCAUCCUGUCCCAGCAGAAGGAGCUGGAAGACCUGCUGUGCCCGCUGGAGGAGUCUGUGAAGGAGCAGAGCGGCACCAUCUACAUGCAGAACGCCGACGAGGAGCGCGAAAGAACGUACAAGCUGGCGGAGAACGUGGACGCGCAGCUCAAGAGGAUGUCGCAGGACCUGAAGGAGAUCAUCGAGCACCUCAACACGUCCAGCGGCCCUGCGGACACCAGCGACCCGCUUCAACAGAUCUGCAAAAUCCUCAACGCCCACAUGGAUUCGCUCCAGUGGAUCGACCAGAAUUCCGUUCUCCUGCAGAGACGAGUGGAGGAGGUCUCCAAACUGUGUGACAACCAGCGCAAGGAGCAGGAGAAGACCUUCCGUUUAACCUUUGACUGACCCACCCAAAAAAAAUGCUUUUCUGUGUUUAUUGGCAAAAAUAUUUUUUGUCUUUGUAGGCAGUUAGUUCAAUUCCUGACCAAAGUGUUCAUCAUAAUUGGUGUUUACUUUUUUGUCAGCUGUCAUCCACGAUGCAUCAUUUUCAUUGUUUUUUUUUUUUAUACAUAAAAUCGAAGAUCUCUUCCCAUGUCAUGUCAAAUGAUAUUUUGUGAGUGAAUAAAGUGAAUGGAAGAAUUCAA